AUAAUUAUUAUCAUCAAUCAAUGCCUUUUAAAAAAAUAUGUUGCAAAUAAUAUCAUCACUAAUUGUAUGCUAUUUAUGGCUAUAUUGUAUGUCAAUCACUAUCACCACUGCUGUCGACUCCAGACGAGGUGACGACAACAUCGAUGGCGUCCUCACCGACGCCGAUGCCGACAGAUAUGACAAUCGGUUAGUCAAUGAGUUACCAGCGUUUGAAUCGAUGAUAUCGUCGGUAGUUGACCGCCAAAAAAGUCGUCGUCGCCACCGCUUAACAACCACUACUACUACUACUCCAUUGACACCAAAUCAGUCUCAACUAAGAUAUAUCCGACAAAAUCAUAGACGACAACGACAACGACUACAACGACAACAGUCGUCAAACCGUCCAACAAAUGUCAAUACAGUCAGAGAUAAGCCACGGCCAGAGUCGGUAACUUCAAGACAAGACAUACCAAAAUGGCUGCUUUUUGGCGGUGGAUCUGAUCUGCGAAAAGUCGAUGGCGACGACAAUGUCGAGUACGAGGGCUACGAUGGCUGGUAUAAUAAUUUGGGACGACCAGAUUUAGGAGCCGUCGACCAGCCGAUGAUGCGAUUGGUUGGACCAAAAUAUUCGGAUGGAGUCUAUCAGCCGUCGGGCGUCGACCGACCGAAUCCUAUACUAUUAUCUGAGGCGUUUAUGAACGGCGAAAUUGGCCAGACAUCCAAUACUGGAAAAACGGCUUUCUUUGUAUUUUUUGGCCAACAAAUUGUCGAAGAAAUAUUGGACGCCCAGAAUCCCGGUUGUCCGCCCGAAUUCAUACCGAUACAGUUUCCCCGAUCGGUGUUGGCCGCAAACGGCUCGCUAGUACCCUACCGGCACAGUACUGGCCAUACGUGGAUGCCGUUGCGUAGGUCGCGAUACGCGUUGCAUACGGGACUGUCGCCCAACAGUCCCCGUCAGCAGCUGAACGAAGUGACGCCGUGGCUGGACGGCGGCCUUAUGUACGGUACGGCCAAAGGCUGGUCGGAUACGUUGCGGUCGUUUCGCGAUGGUCAGCUGGCGUCGCACAUGGAUCGCCGUGAGUUUCCCGUUUAUAACGACAUUAAUCUACCGAUGGCCAAUCCGCCGCCGCCGUCGGGUCCACACAAAUGGACGAACAGUAAACAGCCGGAGCAGAGGCCACGGCUGUUACCGGUUAAGCGUUUGUUUAGAUUGGGUAAUCCUCGCGGACACGAAAAUCCGUUUUUGCUGACAAUGGGUGUCAUAUGGUUUCGAUGGCACAACCAAUUGGCCGAACAGCUGACCGCCGCUCAUCCCUAUUGGUCGGAUGAAAAGGUGUACAACGAGGCCCGCAAAUGGGUGAUCGCAUCCUACCAGCAGAUCGUACACAACGAAUGGCUACCGAUACUGUUUGGCCAACCGUUGCCCGCCUAUCGUGGCUACGAUCAUAGUGUCGAUCCGCAGAUAUCGAUAAUGUUUCAGUCGGCCGCUUUCCGUUUCGGUCAUACACUUGUCACAGCUGGCGGUAUUAAACGCAACCGAGACUGUUCAUCGGUGGACAGAUUGGACAUCAGUGGCGGUGGUGGUGGUGGUAGUGGUGGUGGCGAUUCCGGUCAGUUCAACGACCGAAUCGUACGAACCUGUAAUAGCUAUUGGAAACCAGUCGACCAUCUGGUCGAUAACGGCGGCUUCGAAGAGCUAAUUAUGGGUCUAACGGGACAGCCGGCCGAACGCGAGGACAAUGUUGUUGUCGAAGAUCUACGCGGAAGUGUUUUCGGUUCGCUAGAGUUUACCCGACGGGAUUUGAUGGCCAUUAAUAUACAGCGAGGCAGAGAUCACGGUUUACCCGACUAUCUGACUGCCAGACAUGAGUUAGGUUUGGAUGGCGGCGAAGAUCUUAGCGGACAACCGAUCGAAACGAUUGCCAACAGACUAUGGAAAUAUAAUAUUGAAUUGAGUCCCGUAUUGGCGGAUAAGUUGGUGAAAAUUUACCGAAACCGUACCGAUAAAAUUGAUAUAUGGGUGGGCGGUCUACUGGAAACUACCCGUACGGGACCGGGCGAACUGUUUACGUAUGUAAUUCGGGACCAGUUUAGACGUAUACGCGAUGGUGACCGGUUUUGGUUUGAAAACAACAAUAGCAGACUGUUUACUAACGAUGAGAUUAAACGAUUGCAAUCGUUAACCAUUUACGACAUUAUCCGCAGUAUUACUGAUAUAAAAUUUGGUGAAAUACAGCCAAAACUGUUUCAAUUGCCAACAGAGUCAUCAAAUCCUAUCUCCCCUGAAUGUACAGAAGCAAUGUCCCGAUUGCAUGCCUAUGACUGUCUAACCGAUCCAGUCCUCAAUACUACCGAACGCUGUCUAUCGUUGGGUUCGGUUAGCCGUCAGCGGGUCGUGAACGACGGCUGUACCGCUGCCCAUACCUACGACUACAUGUUGGGCAGCGAAUGGAGUUACGCCCUAACGUUUUUCGGUGUCGGUGUGUUUGGCUUGGGUUGUCUACUGGCACUCAAAUGUAUGACCGCCCGACGUACGGCCGUCAACGAGCGGUUACGCAAAAGUAAUUCCCGAAUGAAACGUAUGUCCCUAUCGGAUGACAUUACUCUGGCUCAGGAAUGGGUUGGCAAACGGGAAGGCCUACGACCCGUUCAAAUUAAUUGCAAGUCAUCCAGAAAAUCGAUUGUUGUCAAACUGGAAAAUGGCCAGAAACCCGUGCGGUGUAUUGACCUACGGGAGAUUCGGGCCAUUGAUAUACAGGCGUCGACCAAUCGCCGGCAGGACUAUCUGCUGCUGAAAGUGACCAACGAAUAUGAUUUGAUGUUGAAAUUUGAUUCGUAUUACGAUAGGGAAAGGUUUGGGUCGAAAGUUGAACUGUUUUUGGAAGAGAUUGGUGUCGGCCGGGAGAGACAGGAAAUUGAUUUGAAAACAAUGAUGAGGACGGCCUAUACUAAGGAGAAUCGACAGAAACAUUUGGAACAGUUCUUCAGAGUUGUCUUUUCGCACGCAUUUGGUGGCAAAAAUCGUGAACGACUUAAUGUCAAAACUGCCCAACAAGUCAUACGUACGGAACUGACUCAAUACGAAUUUGCCGACGCCCUGUCCAUGCGACCCGAUUCCACAUUUGUCCAACAAAUGUUUGCAUUGGUCGACAAGGAUAACAACGGUUACAUAUCGUUCAGGGAGUUCCUCGAUAUGAUCAUCAUUUUUGCUAAGGGAUCGGCCGACCAGAAAGCAAAACUAAUGUUCGACAUGUACGACAUGUCCCGUACGGGUAAGUUGACUGUCGAUGAAUUCAAGACAAUGAUCCGAUCGAUGCUCGAGUUGGCCAACCAGUCGAUAUCGGGUCAGCAGAUGGACGAAGUAAUCGGAUCGAUGUUCCGAAGUGCGGGACUCCGGAGUAGACAGGAGUUGACUUUCCAAGAUUUUCAGAAAUUGUUGGGCGAAUACAAAGACGAAUUGGGUUACGCAGAGCUCAACUUCGAUGUUGGCGGCAUUCAGGAAGUGGCGGCCAAAAGUGGUGGCCAAACAACAACAGCAGCCACUGGUGGUGGCGGUGGCGGUGGUGGCCGACAACGACAAAGUGCAUUACUUCGGGCCAACGAUACACUGAUCAGAGCCUAUAGUUAUUUCGGUGAUGUCACCGACAGACAGAAAAAACAAACUUUACCGACAAUAACAACAACGUCGACAACAACGGGAACAACUGAUCAGAAAAAACAAUUACCUCAACAACAACAACAACAACAUAGACAACAAAUGCCGAUAUCAUUGCUUAGAGUCGAGACACAAGAGUCACGUCGAUCGGGACCCGAAUGGCUAACCGUUUGGAAGCGUUGUAUCGAUGAAUACAAAUUGGAAAUAUUCUGGAUUACAAUCUAUACGGCAAUUAUUGUCUAUAUAUUCAUCGAUAAGUCCUACACUUAUACCUAUCUCCGAGAACAUGGAGGUCUACGGCAAAUAGCCGGACUGGGCGUAACAUUGACCAGAGGUGCGGCCAGUGUCCAAAUGUUUUGCUAUUCAACAAUACUGUUGACAAUGUGUCGAAAUAUUUUGACAUUUCUUCGGGAAACGUUUGUCCAUCGAUUUGUACCGUUUGACGGUGCAGUCAGUCUACAUAAAUAUAUAGCUUUCUGGGCACUGGUUAUGUCAAUUAUCCAUUCAAUAGGACACGCCGUCAACUUUUACCACAUUUCCACCCAAAAUCCGGACGACACUAGUUGUCUGUUUCGGGAGUUUUAUCAUUCAUCCCAUGUGUUGCCAGAUUUUGUCUACUGGUGCUGGUGUACCAUAACUGGUAUAACCGGUGUACUACUCCUAUGUCUGGUCCUAUUGAUGUACGUAUUUGCCAUACAGUACUCCCGGCGCAACAUAUUCAACGCUUUCUGGGCCACCCAUAACCUGUAUCCCCUACUYUACAUACUGAUGGUAUUGCAYGGUUUGGGACGUAUAGUACAGGCGCCGAUAUUCUACCAGUAUUUUACUAUACCUAUUAUAUUAUUCACAAUCGAUCGGCUGAUUAGUGUCAGCCGCAAGAAAGUGGAGAUAUCGGUGAAGCGGGCAGUCCUUCAUCCGUCCGAUGUUACGCACCUGGAGUUCAAAAAACCGGUCGGUUUUGAAUACAAGAGCGGCCAAUGGGUACGGAUAGCCUGUCUGGCCUUGAGUUCCAGCGAAUAUCAUCCGUUUACACUGGCAUCGGCACCUCACGAGGACAACCUGUCCUUAUAUAUACGGGCCGUCGGGCCGUUUACGAAAAAUUUACGCCAAACAUACGACCCGAAUAAUCUCGGAUCGCGACCGUAUCCGAAACUAUAUCUGGACGGACCGUACGGCGAAGGUCAUCAGGAUUGGUUGAAGUUUGAUGUGGCCGUAUUGGUCGGCGGCGGUAUCGGUGUAACACCGUUUGCAUCCAUACUGAAAGAUAUUGCCUUCAAUUCGGGUCUGAAUCGUCAGAUUCAAUGUAAGAAAGUCUACUUUCUAUGGGUUACCCGAACUCAGAAACAUUUUGAAUGGCUAUCCGAUGUUAUCAGAGAUACUGAGGACAGGGAUCAGUCAAAUCUGUUGACAACACAUAUAUUUAUUACACAGUUUUACGAGAAGUUUGAUUUGCGGACAACAAUGUUGUACAUUUGUGAACGACAUUUUCAACGUAUUUCCAAUAAAAGCCUGUUUACCGGUUUGAAAGCCAAAACCCAUUUCGGUAGACCUAAUUUUACGGUAUUUCUAGACUCAUUACAACAGGAACACCCUAUGGUAAACCGUGUCGGUGUGUUCAGCUGCGGUCCCGGACCGAUGACCAGCAGUGUCCAGGAGGCGUGCGAAACGUUGAACCGGCGGGAAGGGGCUAUAUUUUGCCAUCAUUUUGAAAAUUUUUGAUUAUAAUUAAUUAAUUAAUAAUAAUGAGACUAAUUAUUAGUUGUAUAAGUUAGUAUAAUACACACCCACCCACACACACACACACACAUAAAAAAAAUUAUAUAAUUUAAAUACUAAAUGUUAUUGAAAUUUAUUGAUUAUUAAAAAAAUA